ACGGGCGCAUUCCGCAGGAUGAAAGAAGGAGAUGCGGCUGGAACAUGGGUUCAUGUGGGUGAAUAUCUCGAAAACAGAUUACAAACUUCCUUGAACAAGAAGGAGGCGAAUGAGGGUGCAACUGUACAUUGUGAUGCAGGUGAAUGUAAAUCUUGGCUACAUGUGACCUGCGCUCAAUCUUUAAACCUUUUGGAAUGUCUUGAGGAUGACCCAGAAAUUUCUGACCCUUACUUUGUCUACUGCCCACAACAUGGUUCUCAUGGACCGGCCAGACUUAAUGAGUGGGAAAAAUGGUGUC